CGGAGCUGUGGGCGGGGCCCCGGGCUCCGGCGCGUCUACCGCGAUGGCGGCCGCGUGGGUUCCGGGUCGCCUGCAGCGCUGCGUGGUGUCGCCGGCCGGGAGGCACAGCGCCUCGCUGAUCUUCCUGCACGGCUCAGGUGAUUCUGGACAUGAACUGAGAAAAUGGAUCAAGGAGGUUUUAAAUCAAGACUUAACAUUCCAGCACAUCAAAAUCAUCUAUCCAACUGCUCCUCCCAGGCCUUAUACUCCCCUGAAAGGGAUGACCUCCAACGUGUGGUUUGACCGGUUUAAGAUCUCUAACGACUGCCCCGAGCACCUCGAAUCCAUCGAUGUGAUGUGCCAGGUGCUGACUGAGCUCAUCGAUGAGGAAGUCAGGGGUGGCAUCAGCAAGAGCAGGAUACUACUAGGAGGAUUUUCUAUGGGAGGAUGUAUGGCCAUGCAUUUAGCAUAUAGGAACCAUCGAGAUGUGGCAGGGGUAUUUGCUCUUUCUAGUUUUCUGAAUAAAGCAUCUGCUGUUUACCAGGCACUUCAGAAGAAUGAUGAUGCGCUCCCAGAAUUGUUUCAGUGUCACGGUACUGCAGAUGAAUUAGUUCUUCAUUCCUGGGGUGAAGAGACAAACUUAGUGUUAAAAAGUCUAGGGGUGAACACAAAGUUUCGUAGCUUUCCAAAUGUGUACCAUGAAUUCAGCAAACCUGAGCUAGAACAACUAAAGUCAUGGAUUCUUACAAAGCUGCCGGGAGAAAUGGGAACACAAAGUGAAUGAAUUCAGAUUGACUUGUGAAAAUACAUGUACUGUCUUUUUGGAAAGUGAUUUCUUACUGCCAAGUUACAAUGAUAAAUAAAAUACUGAGAGAUGA